AUGUCGCGGUCUACCCUGCGCAGCAGCAUCAGCGGCGCCGGAUUCGGGGACAGCGGCGGAAGCGCCGGAGCUGUAGGAUGCGGCGGCAGGUGCGGCUCCGCCGCAGGAUGGGGCAGCGGGGGCGGAUGCAGCGGCUGGUGCGGCUCCACCGGAGGAUGCGGUGGCGGGUGCGGCUCCGCUGGAGGAUGCGGCGGCUGGUGCAGCUCCACCGGAGGAUGCGGCGACAGGUGCGGCUCCGCCGGAGGAUGCGGCGGUGGAGGACGCUACAGCGUCGACGGUUGCGGCCAUCGAUGCAGCACCGGAGGUGGUUGCGGCAGCGACAGCUGCUGCGGCGACGCAUCGACCCAUUGA